AUGUAUCACGUAUUGGCUCCCUUUGUGCUGCCCGAGAAGAAAGUAGAAGAGGACGACGACGACGACACAAUGUCCAACGAAGACGAGGUGAACCAAGGAGUCGUUGAAGAGCCACGCUUGCCCAAGACCUACAGGGGCAGAGGGGGCAAGUGGGCCUGUGAGAAUUGCAUGAAAGUUACUGAAUUGCCCAAGGGAAGCUUUACAUGGGACUGUGAAGGCUGUGAGAAGAAAAAUUUUACCCAUCCCCUCAACGAGUGUCCGCUGGAAAAAGCCAGGAGGUAUUUUGUGCGGUCCAAGCGCUAG